AUCUGCUGGGAGAUCUCUCCGCGAAAUAAAUAAAUAACAGUUGAUCUGAGACAGUUGCAGCAUGAAGAGCAACGAUGCACUUAGUGCAGCAGUUGCUUUUCAUUCUGCUGUGCCUUGGAUGCCCCUCGUCGAAUGCGUUGGUGUCUCUGCCCGCAUACAGGAGAACAAAGGAAGCAAAGAAGGACCUAGUACUGUUUUUACCUCGGCGUCUGACAUAUUUACCAGGCGAAGAUGCGAAUGGCAAGCUGAUCAAAAUGGGAUCCAUCACGUACAGCGCAUCUUCAAUGAGGUAUUCGGCAAAUGCGACGCUAUCGGAGCUCGUCAUAAAACCAUUUUGGCGUCAAUUAACGUUCUUUGUUGUGGCGUUACAUUGGACACUUUUUCGACCGGGGCUCACAGAGCCACGGCCAUAGGCAAAUCUAUAGCCCUACGUAGAUUGGAUGUUGCGCUUCACUGCACGUCAGUUCAAAAUCAUUCGGCCACGUUAAAUACUGAUGCAUCUACACUUGCUAUCGACUUUACUUAGCGAUCAGCAGCAGAGCAUUUCAGUUAUAAAGAGAAUAGCGAAAAA